CGAAGUAAACAAAGAUGUUGAAGGGGGCGGGACAUUGUAGGGAAAUGUUCGAACAUGUCGUAUGCCAAAUAAUGCAACUUCGCAAUAUAAUGUAAAACAACUAUACCAAAGAAACAAGCGUGUAUAUUUUAUAUACAUGAUUAAAUUAUGUUUCUGAAACGAUGGUGUAAAGAUUAGAAUGGGCAGACCUUGAGUUUCGUUUUGAGAUGGAUGCGUCUGGAUCACAACAACUGUUCGACGACUGGGAAGAUAUAAGCGACUCGGAAUUUCUCAACAUCCCUUCCGAGCAACAAAGCAUAGAGCCCCAGUGUCAUCUCAAUAGUGAAUCUGAUGGUAAACACUUUGAUAGUCCCCGUGCGUCCACCUCAUCAAUGCACAAGAAUGAAGAGGCUUUGAGACAAGAAACUGUCAGUACAAAAAAUGUGAGGGGUUCAAAGAGAAAAGGCCUUCAUGAAAACAGCUUCAGCCCAAUGCAACGCUUCUUCAAGCGGCAUCUGAAUGUGACCCUUCUAUGCGACCAGUCUUGGUGUGAGAUGAAGACUGUUUACAGUCUUUUAAAGCCAUUUGUCAAGAGAAAGGAAAUGCAACGUGCAGAGGUGCAGAUCGGAAAGGAAAUUCAUUUAUCAAGAGAACGGGAGAUUCAGGACAUUGUCCGUGUAGAGAUCCGCUCUAGAGAAGAUGCAGAAGCCGUCAAACUUCUCAACAUGUUGCACAUGACUGCACUGUUGGAAGCAGGAGAACGCGUGCGAGAGUUUCCUGUCUUUGGUGUGCUGGAAGGUGUUUUUGUCAAGGGGGUCAUUGAUGAAGUCAUGUAUAACCAGAAGGGGGAGCUGGUCCUAAAUGAGCUCAAGACACGCAAACAGAACUGCUUGCCUAGCUCUGCACAAGAUAAAGUCAACUGCUUCCAGGUUGGCCUAUAUAAAUUACUAUUUGAUGGACUGGUGAGAGGAGAAGUGAAGAAAGACCAUGUUUUAAAUCACCUUAAACUGCGUUCAGGUCAAGUUCUCGGAGCAGGAGUCCAGGCCCAUGCUAAAAGCAUUGGGGUCCAGGUGACUACCUUUGAGGAACUGGUUGAUGCUCUGCUAAUAACUGUAUCUAGUUCUGAUCUUCCAUGCAUCGACCUGCUUCAGAUUGAAUACUAUCACCAAGGCUCUAGUGGACCCAUUGGGACCAGGGUUGCUCCUUUUGAUGAAGCCCAACUACGGACAGAGCUUCAGAGUCAUCUGGCCUACUGGAGAGGUCAGAGGGAACCCGAAGGGGUUGACAUAGAAGAGGCCUGGAAAUGUAAAUCAUGCCUUUAUGAACAAACUUGUAAUUGGACAAAGAAUAGAUUGCAAGUAUCUGACCAACAAGCAGAUCAUGCUAGCUCAUGAGUCAUCAUUUUACAGAUAAUACAAACAUUUGUAUGUGGCGACUGUUUUGUCAUGUCAUGAACUUUUAUACUUUAAUUAUUGUCUAAUGUUUACUAUUUAAGUCUUAUAGUUUUAAAUAUGCAUAUAUUAUGUGAAUGUUAUUGUGCACCUCUAUAAUGACUGUGAGUGAUGUUUUGAGAAUGUGUAAUGCAUUAUAUAAUGCAUAAUGCAUUUUUUGAUUAGAAUGGAUUUUUAAUGGAAGCAAGCAGAAAGCUUCCUUACUUUGUGUGCAUUAAGAAGUUUAUGUCACUUAGCUAGUGGAACGGAUAUGUUUUUCUGAUAACUGAAGUGUGGUUGAUAUAAUGCUAAUAAAUACAUAAUGCAUUUGAAGUGAACAAAUUACAAAAAUCCUUAAAUUAAAAUACAUUUGAAUUAUCUUAAUAAUAAUAAUAGUAAUAUUAAUAAUAAUAACAAUGAAAUAGAAUCUAUCUAUCUAUCUAUCUAUCUAUCUAUCUAUAUAUAUAUUAGUAUUGUUUGUAUUCAUUAUGUUGAAAUAAUGCAAAAGCAAUUAAUAGGUAAACAAUUUUUUUGUAUUUUUAUGGUUUAUUAAUACUGUAGAAGUGAAAUGUGUGAACUGUAUAAUACUUAAUACUGUGUAGUGAAAUGUGUGCCAUUAGAUGUUGCUAUUUAACCAUUUCUUAUUUACUAAAUCACUGAUUGUUUAGAAUUUAUGUUAAGCCAUAUCUGCAACAUGAUGAACAAUUUGAUAACUAUGGCAUUAUCAGUUUGUUUUUGACAGUUGCUAAAAUUAAAUCAAUGAUGCGCUGUG